CCUUCGCCCCGCCCCUGUCGGUCGCGGCGCGUGCGCAGUGCGGAGGCUCUGACCUUCAGCCGGGCGGCAGCAGCCAGCAGCGGGGAGAGGCGUCGCCAUGUUCUCCCGGGGAGCCGCGGUCCUGGUCUACCAGCCGCAAUGGGGCCAGGUCAGGAAUAUGGCCACUUUGAAGGACAUUACCAGGCGUUUAAAGUCCAUCAAGAACAUCCAGAAAAUUACAAAGUCCAUGAAGAUGGUUGCUGCAGCGAAGUAUGCCAGAGCUGAGAGGGAACUGAAACCAGCUAGAGUGUAUGGAGUAGGAUCCUUGGCUCUCUAUGAGAAAGCAGAAAUUAAGGUCCCCGAAGACAAGAAGAAACACCUCAUUAUUGGUGUGUCCUCUGAUCGUGGUCUCUGUGGUGCUAUCCAUACCUCUGUUGCUAAAGCCAUGAAAACUGAAAUUAGCACCCUCUCAGAUGCAGGGAAAGAGGUCAUGGUGGUUGGAGUGGGUGACAAGUUAAGAGGCCUGCUUCAAAGGACACACAAUAAACAUUUCCUGGUGACAUUCAAAGAAGUGGGAAGAAAACCCCCCAGCUUUGGAGAUGCUUCAGUGAUUGCCUUAGAGCUGCUAAACUCUGGAUAUGAAUUCGAUGAAGGAUCUGUCAUCUACAAUCGAUUCAGGUCUGUCAUCUCCUACAAGACAGAUGAAAAACCUUUCUACUCUCUUGAUACAGUUGCUGGUGCUGAAAGCAUUAGUAUCUAUGAUGAUAUUGAUGCUGACGUGCUGCGAAACUACCAGGAGUUUACAUUAGCAAACAUCCUCUUCUACUCUCUGAAGGAAUCUACCACCAGCGAGCAGAGUGCCAGAAUGACUGCUAUGGACAACGCUAGCAAAAAUGCUUCCGAGAUUAUUGACAAAUUGACCUUGACAUUCAACCGUACCCGUCAAGCUGUCAUCACCAAGGAGCUUAUUGAGAUCAUUUCUGGCGCUGCUGCUCUGUAAGUAUCUGUGUAAAUAUGCAACAAGGCUUUUCACUUAGAUUGUUUUAAUGUUCAAAUGUCCUGCUGUUUACAUUGUAUUAAAUAGGUAGGGUGGAGGAAUUCUGCUUUAACAAAUUCCAAUGACUGGUAUGAUGCAUAAAGCCUGCAUUCAGCUCAAACUUUGCCUCGGCAGCUGCUAGCCGGUAUAGAAGAUUCUGUAGCCAUGAAGCUGCAUCGUGUUUAUGGAAAGUGGCUCUUUUCCCUGCCUCUCCCCAUCUUUGAGUGGACACCCAUGACUUCCCCAUACUAUGAAAAAAGGCCCCACCCAUCCACCCUUUGCUCAAACAGCCCCAAAACUCUCUCUGGUGUAGUGUAGAUUCUUGUUUUGGGGAACCCACAUAGCAGAUUGGCCUUUCUUCUGUAUAGAUCAGCCUGCUGUGUGGAUUAGAAAGUGAGGGAUAACUUCUGUUGGAUGGAACUUUAGCUUGUUGAAUGUAAAUGCGCAUCUUAAUGAAAUAAAACCAGUUUAGCUCUUGUGUGUUUCGCUGACAAAUACCAAACUUUGCCACUCUGCUAGGAACUGCAGAACACUGUGCGCUAUGGGCGAUAAGAGGUGGUUGUGCUUAAACCCAUAUAAUUGGUUUACUUGCACAGAAUUAAUUUAAAUUAAUCUGCUGAUUAGAUGCAGACUUGUGUUCUAAUUAAAGAUAUAGAUCAAUGCAUUCAUAACUAAUGUGUGUACAGAAAUGGCGGAAACCAGCUUGUGCCACAACUGCAUGUAUGCGCGUUUUUAAUGAGCUCUUUAGUUUGUAUUUAAUUUGGCUGCUCAAUGACACAUCCUUGGUUAAAUCACAAGAAUAACUUUGCCUUAGUUUGCAUGAGUUGCUUCUUAACCUGCUUGUUCUGUUUUUUCCCAUAACAACAUUACCAGGGGAUAAUCGGAAAGCAAGUUUCAGCCAAAGUCAAGAGGUAAAG